CCCCACACGACAGUAGAAUAACGUCGCGGAUACUUUCAACCGAGAACUUUAGCCCUUGGUUAACGUUCCGGUCGGAACGACGAUAAGGGCCGGGGGGUGUGUCCGUGUGUAACAUGGAGGCUGGCAGGACGAUCAUUUCCUCCUCCGCCGCCAUUUUGUGUCGGAUGCGCUGCAGAGAAACAGGAGCGCGGAGAGAAAAAGGGGAAACAGUCGAGAGCGGGAAACGGAGCGUGUGAGGGCCCAGACCGGACCGCGGCCAUAUACCGCCAGAAACCCGGCGCACUCGGGAGAACGAACCGCACAGCACAGCGUACAGCUUUUCGUUCCGAAGCGGGCGGGGAAGGCAGCAGGGGAAACUCGGGCUGCGCAGCUCCCGCUGUAGGUCACGAUGACCAACGAAGAACCUCUUCCGAAAAAGGUUCGCCUCAGUGAAGCAGAUUUUAAGGUCUUACCAAGAGAAGAACUCCUUCAAAGGUGGAAGCAAUAUGAAGCUUACGUUCAAGCUCUGGAGAACAAAUACAGUGAUUUGAAUUCUAAUGAUGUGACUGGACUUAGAGAAUCUGAAGAAAAACUUAAACAGCAACAGCAAGAGUCUGCCAGAAGGGAGAACAUAUUAGUGAUGAGACUGGCCACCAAGGAGCAGGAGAUGCAGGAAUGCACGAACCAGAUUCAGCAUCUCAAGCAAGUCCAGCAGCCAAGUGUUGCCCAGCUGAGAACUACAAUGGUUGACCCAGCCAUCAACUUGUUUUUCCUCAAAAUGAAAGGCGAACUGGAACAGACUAAAGACAAACUGGAACAAGCCCAAAAUGAACUGAGUGCCUGGAAAUUUACGCCUGAUAGCCAAACAGGCAAAAAGCUAAUGGCGAAGUGUCGAAUGCUUAUCCAGGAGAAUCAAGAGUUGGGAAGGCAGCUGUCCCAGGGACGUAUUGCUCAACUUGAGGCAGAGUUGGCUUUGCAGAAGAAAUAUAGCGAGGAACUUAAAAGCAGUCAGGAUGAACUAAAUGACUUCAUCAUUCAGCUGGAUGAGGAAGUGGAAGGCAUGCAAAGUACUAUCUUGGUUCUACAACAGCAACUAAAAGAAUCCCGUCAACAGUUCUCUCAACUCCAGCAACAACAGUCUCAAAUUUCUAACAGGACUCCAGCAGAGCCCAAAGAAGGAGAGACAACAAGCAAGGACUGCAGUCGUGUGGCAAAUGGACCAAGCAAUGGUGGCUCUUCCCAUCAGAGAAGUCACAGCUCUUCAGCUCUUUAUAGGGAGGGUAGUAGUGCAGAAGAAGACUUUCCUGGUUCCCCUGUAAAUGAGGGAAAACUGUCCAACCACUCAGACGAGAGAACUGGUAGAGGGGGGUCAAGUUACUUAAAUCAGCUUAGUACUGGGUAUGAGAGUGUAGACUCACCUACUGGAAGUGAGAACUCUCUCACUCACCACUCUAACGAUACAGACUCCAAUCAUGACUCUCAGGAGGAGAAACCAAGGAGUGUCAAAGGUAACAGAACUGUGAGCUCCCGUCACAUUCAGAAUGGCUUGGACUCUGGAGCAAACGUACAGGGAUCUGUUUUGUAAAAUAAAAAACUUGUUUAUUUUUGUUUUCUAUGAAUACAAGUCAUUUAAUUUCACAGUUCAUACUGUCCAAGAAUAGUGUAUAUUUUGUCAUAAUUUUGCCUUUCGGAGUUUUGUUUUUCAUUGUUGCUUAAUGUAAUACCUCUGCCAUUUUGGUCAUUUUAACAGUUAAUUACAUUCAGUUGCAAACAAAAUUGACAUUUAUGUAGACAGUUAUUUUUAUGUAAGAUAAUUAAAAGUUGGACAAAUAACUUUGUAAAUUCUUCAUAUUAAUGAUGUCUGUACAACUUCUAAUAUCAAAAUUUUGCCGUGUAGUGGGAUUUCUACCAUCUCUUUAUCACCAUGUUUUUUCAUAGUACUGUGCAUGGGUAACUGCCAAAGUACACCCAAUAACAUAGUUUUAUCACAAAAAUUUCUCUGGUAGUUUAUGUUGAACUGAGUUUUUUUUAUUUUCUACUUCGGCAAAACUGUACAUACUAUUCCUCCUUUAGAUGGCUGAAUGUUUGACACUAGUGUGCAGUUAUUCAGACCGUUGUACCUUGUUUAUGCAUAUGAUCCUGUGACUCCAAUAUUACCUUGCCUGUACUGACCAAACCAAAAUAAAGAUUUUUAAUAUGUCA